GAAGGAUAUUUCGUUUCCUUCGGUGCCUUCAACACGUCUUCUUGAUGGUGCUUGUAGCUACUAAAGUAAGGAGCACCUGAGGUGAGCUUUCCAAAUUCAAGCUACCACACGUGGGAACGCCGCGUUCACCCCCGAACUCCGGCGUCGGCCUCGUCCGCCGAACACAACUACGAAGUAAAGCCCCCAAAACUCCUAACGUCGAUGUACCCGUAAGUAUCUCGUCCAUACUCAACAUGUGGGGAGGUACUUCAGUUGUCAGUGGAGCUACCUUAUGAGAGAGGUUUACGAGGUACAAAGCAUGAGUCGACUCAUAAACAGUGUGACUCGUUUCGAAGAAGCCUUCAUCUACCGACCUCAUCCCAUAUCACUCUACAGUCAAUAUACGAGAGCUCGACAUUUCUGUUGUUCUCUUGUUCUCUUGUUUCAAUUCAAGAAGAACAUAAUAAUAAUAAAAGGAGACUCAAGAAAAGAUGUCGCCGUUCAACCUGCAAACCUGUGCGCGGAAAAAUAUCCUAGCACUAGAACCAUACCGAUGCGCGAGAGAUGACUACAAGGACGAUGGUACAAACAUCCUCCUAGAUGCGAAUGAGAACGCAUACGGGCCGUCCCUCCAGCCGGAUAUCUCUCAAGCCGACCUGAACGUCGACUUCCUCGGCCUCCACCGGUACCCUGAUCCUCACCAGGCGGACCUCAAGCAGCUGCUGUGCAAACUGCGUAACACCCACACUCACACGUCCAAGGACUUGACGCCCGACAACCUUUUCGUCGGUGUUGGCAGUGACGAGGCCAUCGACGCCCUGUUCCGCUGCUUCUGCGUCCCCGGCAAGGACCGCAUUCUAACCUGCCCUCCCACCUACGGCAUGUACUCCGUCUCGGCCCAGGUAAACGAUGUCGGCCUAGUCAAGGUCCCGCUACGACCCGCUCCCGAGUUUGGCCUCGAUACAGACGCCGUCCUCGAAGCCCUGGGCCGCGAGGAGAACGUGAAACUGGUCUACCUCUGCAGCCCCGGCAACCCCACCGCCUCCCUGCUCGCCAAGGACGACGUCCGGAGAGUCCUCGAACACCCGACCUGGAACGGCGUCGUCGUCCUGGACGAGGCCUACAUCGACUUUGCCCCCGACGGCACAUCCCUCGCCGAGUGGGUACUCGAGUGGCCCAACCUCGUCGUCAUGCAGACCCUCUCCAAGGCCUUCGGCAUGGCGGGUAUUCGCCUGGGCGCCGCCUUCACCUCACCUCCCAUCGUCCGCCUCCUCAACAGCCUCAAGGCGCCCUACAACAUCUCGAGCCCUACCAGCGCACUGGCGUCCUACGCCCUUUCUGGGAAGGGCCUGAAGAUCAUGAGGGCGAACCGAGACAAGCUCCUGGCUCAGCGCGAGCGGCUCAUUGCCGAGCUGCCCAAGAUCCCCGGCGUGGGUCGCCUGCGCGGCGGGACCGCCAGUAAUUUCUUGCUCUAUGAGAUACUCGACGCUUCAGGCGCCCCGGACAAUGUCACUGCCCUGGCAGUCUACGAAGCCCUCGCCGAGACCGAGGGCGUCGUCGUUCGUUUCCGCGGCAAGGAACACGGGUGUCUAGGAUGUCUCAGAAUCACUGUCGGUACGGAAGAUGAGGUCACGCGCUUCUUGGGUUCGCUACGGCGCACGCUCGAGGAAGUCCGGGGGAAAGGAAAACAGGCAGGCGAGGAGGAGAAGGAAGCAGCGGCGAAUGCUGUCGUGGCAUAGAGAAGGAGCGUGAAUAAAGAAGUACAUAAAGAGGAGAAAGUCGGGUUUCGACGGGCUGUCACUUUGUGUUCGAACUGCUCUGGUUCAAUACGGGAAGAUCGAUUCUUCUUGGCCCGUCCGUCUGUCCCCCCGUCUUGGGUACGGAUAAACGUCUGAUUCUAGAUUCUGGUUCUAGACCGUAAACAAUUAAUUAGAUCGUAUUCGAGUGGCCUAGCCCGAAUAUUCCCACGUCAGCGACUGCGGCGCUCGUUCCGAUGAUGCAUGCC